AUGGAGAGGCCAGAAAGAAUAGAAGAUGGAUUUACAACCACUGAUCCUUUGCUUUCUACUGGUGGUGAUACUCCGGCACCGCCCACACUCGCCGUCGUAUUCAGCACCUUGGUUGCCGUCUCCGGCUCCUUUGUUUUUGGUUCUGCUGUGGGAUUUUCUUCACCCGCUCAGAAUGGGAUAAUAAAGGAUCUUGGCCUCUCUGUGGCAGAGUACUCUGUAUUUGGUUCAAUAUGGACAAUUGGAGCGAUGAUAGGUGCUGUAAUGAGUGGGAAACUAGCUGAUCUUUUCGCCCGUAGAGGUGCAAUGGGCUUCUCUGAGUUGUUUUGUCUUUUGGGAUGGCUUGCAAUUAUUUUUGGCAAGAAUGCUUUGUGGCUUGACAUUGGGAGGUUGUUAAUGGGAUAUGGAGUUGGCAUUAUUUCUUAUGUGGUACCUGUAUAUAUAGCGGAAAUAACACCUAAGAAUCUCCGAGGCGCAUUCACAACUGUUAAUCAGCUAAUGAUAUGCUGUGGAGUAUCACUUAUGUAUGUAGUUGGAGUAAUUAUCAACUGGCGUCUAUUGGCUGUGAUUGGAGCUAUUCCCUGUAUAAUACAGCUUUUGGGCCUGUUUUUCAUACCGGAGUCUCCGAGAUGGCUGGCUAAGGCUGGCCAGUGGAAAGAGUGUGAAGCUUCUCUUCAGCGCCUUAGGGGGAAAGACGCCAAUAUAUCAGAAGAAGCUGCUGAAAUAAAAGAGUACACAGAAACACUUCAGAAACUUUCUGAGGCUAAGCUAGUUGAUUUGUUCCACAAGAAAUAUGCACAUUCUCUUAUAGUUGGAGUGGGAUUAAUGGUAUUGCAACAAUUUGGAGGGGUCAAUGCUAUUGCAUAUUAUGCAAGUUCUAUUUUUGAGUCAGCUGGUUUUUCUGGUAGGGUUGGUUCAAUUGCAAUGGUAGUUGUACAGAUCCCAAUGCAAGUUUUAGGAGUACUGUUGAUGGAUAAAUCAGGAAGGCGUCCACUACUUAUGGUAUCUGCUGCAGGGACAUGCUUGGGUUGUUUCCUUGUAGGAUCGUCAUUCUUACUACAGGAUCUUCAACUUUGGAAGUCUAGUCCCUUUUUGGCACUUGUUGGCAUACUGGUCUUUACUGGAUCUUUCUCAUUAGGCAUGGGAGGUAUACCGUGGGUAAUUAUGUCCGAGAUAUUUCCCAUAAAUGUCAAAGGUUUAGCUGGAAGCUUAGUGACAGUAAUCAACUGGUUCGGUUCUUGGAUCGUCUCAUAUUCGUUCAACUUUCUUAUGCUAUGGAGCUCUGAAGGAACAUUCUUCAUAUUUUCAGCAGUAUGUGGUGUAACUGUUAUGUUUGUGGCAAAGCUGGUUCCAGAGACCAAAGGCCGUACCUUGGAAGAAAUACAAUCCUCCAUGACAUGACCAAUGAAUUCUAGUGAUUUAUUAUGUAAGAAACUGAGGGUCUUUGGAUCCGCUUAAAAGAUGGUCAAACCUACUUUUAAAUCAGUUUUAUAUUAUCAUUAUCAAAUUCACAUACAUAAUAAACAUCUCUUCAUACAGAAAACCUAAUACUA